AUGGAGCGCUUGCUCUGCCGUCCAAGUGGGUUCCAAUUAAAACUUGUCAGAAUCAUAGAAGGCUCGCCUGUUUACGAGCCAACUGAUCCCCAUUUAGCAGCCGUCGCGGCACCAGUACGCUUUUUGAGGUUAGAAGAAAAAAAAGGGGAUUCUUCUUUGGAAUUGCUCCGGAGGAUCCAGGCAAUUUUCGAGGCAGAUUUGAAAAUUGCCUUGAGCGCUGCUGAUGUAUCAAAAAUUCACCGUAUCGGUCCUAACAAAGAGAAUAAAAUAAGGCCGGUUCUCAUUAGUUUUACAAACAACUGGAAGAGAAGUGAGAUAUUGAAGAUGAAGAAAAACCUUAAAGACGGGUAUGUCACUGAAGAUUUUCCUAAAGAAGUGUUAGAAAAAAGAAGAGAAUUAAAGCCAAAACUAAUAGAAGAACGUGCAAAUGGGAACACAGCAUACAUCAAAUACGAUCAGCUGGUAGUAAGGGAAAUAAACCCAAACAAAGAAAAAAGGAAAAGAGACCAAUCAUCUUCGCCGCAACUAAAAACUAGCAACCAGAGACAGAACAACCCCAAUCCGGCUGGUCCCCGUGGGGUUCGACGAUCACUACCCCCCCAAAGAAAUGCAUUCCUAUAUAAAAAUAGAAACUACAACAAGAUACACAUUGCAACUUUAAAUGUUAGAACGCUUAUGUCGGACAGCAGACUAGAAGAAUUGGAAGAAGCCAUAACACGAAUAAAAUGGGAUAUCAUUGGUCUUUGUGAAGUAAGAAGAAUAGGAGAAGAGAUUAGAGAAUACGAAAAAUACAUUUUCUAUUUUUAUGGUAAACAAAAAGAAUCUAAACAACAUUGGUCGAUUAUUCAAGUACAUGCACCAGGAGAGAAAGAUACAAAAAUUGCGAAAGAUAAAUUUUACAGGGAUAUGACUGACUUGAUGCAAAACAAGAAAAAGAACAUAAUCAUCAUGGGAGAUUUCAAUGCUAAAGUUGGUAGCAAAUCAAACAAAGAUGAAUUUGUUUUAGGAGAUUACAGCAGUGGCGACAGAAACGAUAAUGGACAAAGACUCAAUGCAUUAAAGAAAGCCAAAGAGGAAACAAAAACAUUACAAGAAAAGUAUAAUUUUUUGGAAAGGGAAUUGCUAAACAUAAAUAAAUUGAGUACUAAAACAGAGAAGAUAAAUAAGUUAGGAGAAGAAACGUUACAAUUAAUGAAAGAGAGAAAUAAAAUGUUACACCGACGAAAAGAUAACAAACAAAAUAUCGCAACUAUUAGUAAACAAAUUCAAGAAUCGAUACGAAAACAUAGAAAAGCUGAAAGAAUCAAUGUAUUAAAUGAACAAAUAGAAACAACAGGCGGAAUUAGGAAAGGUCUAAAACAGCUAAAAGAAUAUACUCAAUGGAUACCCAACAUGAAAACUAAAAAUAAGAAGAAAAACGAGAAACUGACGACAAAGAGAUUAUCCAUAGCAAAAGCAGUGACAGAAUUCUAUAAGGAAUUAUACACAGAUCCAGACAGAACAAAGCUAACAGAAGAAGAGAAAGAAAUUUGCAAAGAAGAAAUACCUUGUAUAUUGGAAUCAGAAGUUAUAAAGGCUAUAAAAUCACAAACAAGUGGGAAAGCUCCUGGAGAUGAUAAAAUAUCUAAUGAAGUAUUAAAACAGACUCUACCUGCGAUAUCCAAGUAUGUGACCCAUCUAUUUAAUGAAGUAAUAGUAUCUGAAAAAAUACCCACUCAAUGGACGAAAUCAACCAUUAUCCUAUUACAUAAAAAGGGAGACAAAAAUGAAAUAAAUAAUUACAGACCGAUAAGCCUUAUGUCCAAUUUGUACAAAGCGUUUUCUAAAAUCAUACUCGGGCGAAUAUCAAAACACCUUGAAGAAAACCAACCGAGAGAACAAGCGGGAUUUCGCGCCGAUUAUUCUACUAUCGACCAUAUCCAUGUGGUGAAACAAGUUAUCGAAAAACUAAACGAAUACGGACAACUGUAUUAUAUGGCAUUCGUCGAUUAUAAUAAGGCUUUCGAUUCACUGAGUCAUACCUACAUUUGGAAAACACUAGAAAAUCAAGGCGUAGAAAGUAAAUACAUAAGAAUUAUAAAAGAGAUAUACAGAAACAUUACAGCAACAGUCCAACUUGAACAACAAGGUGAGGAGUUUAGAGUUCAAAAAGGAGUAAGGCAAGGCGAUCCACUUUCCCCAAAACUUUUUAUAGCCGUACUAGAAGAUGUAUUUAGGAAUUUAGACUGGGAACAUUUUGGAAUUAAUAUUAAUGGAGUAAACCUAAAUAACUUAAGAUUUGCCGAUGAUAUUGUGAUUUUUGCAACGAAACCAGGGAUACUACAGAAUAUGCUCCAACAAUUAGAUUUAGAAAGCAAGAAAGCAGGUUUAUCUAUGAAUCCAACGAAAACUAAAGUAAUGACGAAUACUGAAAGGGUCAAUAUAAGAAUAGGACAAGAAGUUAUAGAAUAUGUAGAUGAAUAUAUAUAUUUGGGGCAACAAAUUUCGAUAAAAGACCAGUAUUCUAAAGAAAUAGAUAGAAGAAUAAGUAACACUUGGAAACGGUACUGGUCUUUAAAUGAAAUAGUUAAAAAUGAAGAAAUUCCUAUGGCAAUAAAAAGCAAACUAUAUAACACAUGUAUUCUACCAUGUCUUACAUAUGGAUGUCAAACUUGGCCUGCUAAGAACAAAGAUAACCAAAAACUUGUAGUUUGUCAACGCAACAUGGAACGAAGUAUGUUAAACAUCAGACUAAGAGAUCGAUGGACAACUUCAAAAAUAAGAAAAAGAACAAAGAUCAAUGACGUGUUACAAAAAAUAAGAAAACUUAAAUGGAAUUGGACUGGACAUAUAAUGAGAACCAACAAAGAAAAAUGGACGAAGGAUAUAAUAGAAUGGUAUCCUAGAAAUGGGAAAAGACAACGAGGAGGACAAAUCAAAAGAUGGGAGGACGAUUUACCUAAAGGAUGGAGAAAGUCAGCUAGGGAUAGAGAGAACUGGAAGCAAUUGGAGUAA